AUGAGUCCUCAUUCGGAUUCGCAAGACAAUUCCACAGCUGCAGCUUCAGGAACUGCUUCUGAAAACGUAGACAUUCUCCGGCUUCAACAAGAAAACGACGAGCUUCGAAAAAAUAAUUCAUUGAUGAAAGAAAGCCUUAAAGAAGAGCAUAAAGAAAAAGAAAACCUCAAUAAACAAUUAUCAUAUAGACUAACAGAGAUCGACGAACUCAAAGCAGAAAGCGAAAAUUGCUUCGGACGGGAGAAGAAUUCACUGAUGAUUCUUUCUGGUUUUGAAAACAAGACUGAGCUUCUCAGCUACGUUCUCAAACCAGACGGCAGCCAGAAUUCUGUGGAAAUCAAAAUGCCUUUUUCCGGUCAUAAAUACCACUACCUUAACAGUUCGAUUUAUGCUUUGAUUCGUGGAAAAGUCUACAUUUUUGGAGGAUAUUAUAAAGGAUAUGAGCUCAGAAUUGCGAUGAUAAGUGGCUGUGAAAUCAAAGAGCUAGAAAGCAAACUAAAUUCCCAUUUUACAUAUAACUCUGCUGCAGUGACGGCAGCGGAUCAACAAUCAGCCAUGAUUUGCUUUCCCCGUGAUGACGAAUGGAGAAGUUGCGAAGAGUUCGACGGAACCGAUGUUUCAAUAAAGCCGGCGACAAAAUACUCGCACAAGGGUUCAUGCUUGGCGCUUUACAAUAACAAACCAGUUACAGUCAGCUCCAGUCUAAGCGACGGCUACAAAAAAGUGGAGAAAUUCGAUGGAGUUUCUUGGAUAGAACUCGAAGAUUUUCCGAGUGCAAUCUACUUUCACUCCUGCAUUGGAGUCUUCGACGGAUAUCUUCUCUUCGGAGCGAAAUACAAAAACAAUGGUAAAUAUGGCAAUUCAAAGGAUGUUUAUCUACUCCGUGACUCAAAAUGGACCGUGGUUGGCAAACUCAAUGAAUUUCAUUCUUACUCUACUGCAACGCGAAUCGGAAAUACGAUUUAUCUUGUGAGCGGCAGAAAUCAACGGUCUCAUAUUUACGCUGUGGAAAAACUAGAAUGGGACGGAGAGAAAAUAUCCUCGGCAAAAGUCAUCAAAAAUCACUCAAAAGAAUUUAUUCGGCCGAUAGUAUUUCCAGUUGAUGAGUUUUACUGUACAUAA